AUGUCGAUCAACCCCUUCUUCAAAGGAUUCCCUGGGUUCGAUCAUGACCCAACUGCUGGCGUUUGCGCUGAAUUCCAGCGUAUCAGCCAGCACCGGAAGUGGAAGCAGGGCUCCAAGAAGUGGAGAAAGAACUGGGAUGCCUGCAUAACCGCCGAGUACGACCGGCUCAUUGGAAUUCGCGUCACCAGCCUCGCGACCUGGCAGCAGAUCUGCAAGAAGCUCGGCCUGAAGGGACUGUUCACUUCCAUUACCAAGUGCAAGAAGGCACUCUGCCGAGUUCAUGUCAACUUGGUUGAUCUUCUCGACUGCUGGGAAGGAGAACAAGGCCCCCAGAUCUUCCGUACUCUCUCUGCCUUGAGAAACUACACCAAGCGUACCAACCGAUUCUUCAACAAGAAGGCUGCCAAGCAGGACCCGGUCCUGAGAAUUCUACUGAGAGAGCUUCUGUGA